AUGGCGCGAUGGAAGAUCAGAACUCGCUUCCUGGUCAUAUCCGACACCCAUAGCCAAGAAUUCCCCGACGACCGCAAACCCUUGCACAAAGUCGACGUAGCCAUUCACUGCGGCGAUCUAACCGAAACAUCAAAGCUCCACGAAUUCGAGUCCGCCAUCCGUCUUCUCAAAGACAUCAACGCUCCUCUCAAACUUGUCAUCCCAGGAAACCACGACUUUACCCUCGAUACGCCCACGUUCAAAAGAGCAAUCACUGAAAUACCUCCGCCCGACAUCAAUCUAGUAGAGAAGGAAUAUGGACGAUUUGGAGAAGCAAGACGCUUGCUGAAGAGUCAUACGCACGAGGGUAUUGUGUAUCUAACAGAGGGUGUUCAUCAUUUUGAUCUGGACAAUGGGGCUCACCUUGUGGUUUACGCCAGCCCAUAUACUCCUUCUGAUGACUGCUGGGGAUUCCAGUUCGGCCCUUGGAUCGGCCACGAACGGGAAAUAACCGAGCAAGUCGACAUCAUCAUAACACAUGGUCCUCCAAAAGGUAUCCUCGAUAUAAACAGUCGCGGAAAACACAUCGGUUGUCCAGAACUUUUCGACUUUGUCGCUCAGACAAAACCUCUCAUGCACUGCUUCGGCCACGUGCAUCGAAGCUGGGGCACAGAGUUGAUCAAAUGGAGAGACCGCAACUCUGAAGAAGCUAUCGAUAUGGAUGAGUCUGUCACGAUCGGGGUUCUUGAUAGGUUUAGUCCCAGGAGUUGUGAUAAACUCAUGGUUGCUUGGCAGAAGGAGAAUAAGAGGAUGAGUAUGGAGGAUGCGAGGGUUAUACCCACGAAACAUUGUGCACAAGACGAAUUGCCGAUUGCGCCAGGAGUUCAUACUCUUUUUGUUAAUGCUGCUAUGCAAGGGUCGGGCGACAUACCGUUCAAUUAUCCAUGGUUGGUAGACCUUGAUCUUCCUAUAACUUAA